UUAAAGAUGGCAAUAACCUCAAGUUCCCAUAUUUAUUUCUUGGCUUUUUGUUUAAGUCUUCUCAUCUCAACUCAUAGCCAAACUGAUCUAUGGUCUCCAGAGAACAGUGUUGCCUUGUUCAUCUUUGGAGAUUCACUAUUUGAUGCAGGAAACAACAAUUACCUCAAAAAUGCUAGUUUAAGGGCAGAUGUUUGGCCUUACGGCGAAACAUUCUUUAAGUAUCCAACUGGGAGAUUUUCUGAUGGUCGACUAAUUCCAGAUUUUAUUGCUGAGUGGUUAAAGUUACCUCUGCUUCCACCGUAUCUCCAGCCUGGGAAUCAUGACUAUGUCUAUGGAGUGAACUUCGCAUCAGCUGGAGCUGGUGCUCUUGUUGAAACUCGUCACGGAACGGUGAUAGACCUUAAUACUCAGCUUAGUUAUUUCAAGGAUGUGAAUGAAAAACUGAGGCAGCAAUUAAGUGAUGCAGAGACUUAUAACAAAUUAAUAUCCAAAGCCCUUCACUUGUUUAGCGUUGGAGGCAAUGAUUACGUAGUUUAUGUGACCUCAAACUCAACAGUGUUCAAGUCAUUCUCCAAGGAAGAAUACGUUGGGAUUGUUAUUGGCAACCUCACAAGUGUAAUCAAAGAAAUUUACAAGAAUGGGGGAAGGAGAUUUGGAUUUGUAAAUAUAGGGCCUUAUGGUUGUGCACCAUUCACUAGAGCACUAAAUACCAGUGGUGGCUGUCUUGAAGAAGUUACAGCUCUAAUCAAACUACACAACAGAGCACUUUCAAAGGUCCUUGAGGAUCUACAGGAAGAACUAAAAGGAUUUGAAUAUUCAGUUCUUGAUUUCUACACUUCAUUAAGCAAAAGAAUGAACAAACCUUCACAAUAUGGUUUUAAGGUGGGGAAAGUGGCAUGUUGUGGCUCUGGGCCAUUUAGAGGAAUUUUAGACUGUGGAGUAAAACAUGAGUAUGAAUUGUGCAAUGAUCCCACUGAAUAUUUGUUCUUUGAUUCUGCUCAUCUCACUGAGAAGGCCUACAACCAACUUGCUAAGCUCUUUUGGAGUGGAAGCCCUGAUGUUACCUGGCCCUACAAUCUCAAGACACUCCUUAAGGCUUAG